AUUAAAGAGAGCUCUUAAGAAUAUAACUUGAAUAAGGGUCAUGAACUAGUUCAACAUAUUUCACUGGUGAUUUUAUUAAUUAUAAUGAAUGCUGCUACUCUCUAAAAACGAAUAUAUCAAAGAGGAAAUAACCUCCUUGGCAUGCUUACAGCUAUACAACACAUUAGUUUCAUUAUUUUCAAGUGCCAGUGCUGGAGGCUCAGAAUAAGUCAACGGGAGGAGGACUUCAGUCACAGCAGCAAGCAGGUCUACUGAGCAGAUAACGGAAACAAGCAAAUAAGAGCUAUCGUUUUCUUUCACUAAGCCUUCUGAAAUGGGAGCCUCUACAGAAUACUAAACUUGGGCUUUACCUACAGACAUGGACAGAUGCAUGUGCGCUCUCAUUUUAGAGAACUUGAAAUUGUUCUGAAAGGAAGGAAUCAACUUUGGCUUCAAGUAUUUGGCAUGGGUAAGAAUGCCUUAAAAAAGCAGAUGACCAGUUUAUUUACUGACCAUGCUGACCAUUGCCUGGAAUCAGAUCAAAUCACAGAAAAACAGCGAAUGGCUUUCUCUUACAGAACAUCUGAACAAAGCACAAUUACUGAGCUCAUUUUGCAGAGCUCAUUUGAUCACUUAAUCUCUUCUAACUGGUCUGGAUUACAGACAGAAUCGAUACCAGAGGAAAUGAAACAGAUUGGUGAGGAACAGGGAAACAAGCCACGCUGGGCAGCUCUUCUGAUAAUCAUGUUGAUAAUACCUACAAUUGGUGGAAACAUCCUUGUUAUUCUGGCUGUUUCACUGGAGAAAAAGCUGCAGUAUGCUACCAAUUAUUUUCUAAUGUCCCUGGCAGUGGCUGAUUUGCUGGUUGGAUUAUUUGUGAUGCCAAUUGCCCUCUUGACAAUAAUGUUUGAGGCUAUGUGGCCCCUCCCACUUGUUCUAUGCCCUGCCUGGUUAUUUCUUGAUGUUCUUUUUUCUACUGCAUCCAUUAUGCAUCUCUGUGCCAUUUCAGUGGAUCGUUAUAUAGCCAUCAAAAAGCCAAUCCAGGCUAAUCAAUAUAACUCACGAGCUACAGCAUUCAUCAAGAUUACAGCGGUGUGGUUAAUUUCAAUAGGCAUUGCUGUUCCAGUCCCUAUUAAAGGGAUAGAAACUGAUGUGGGUAAUCCAAAUAACAUCACUUGUGAACUGACAAAAGAUCGUUUUGGCAAUUUCAUGCUCUUCGGCUCACUGGCUUCCUUUUUUAUACCUCUGACGAUCAUGAUUGUCACCUACUUUCUUACUAUACAUGCUUUACAAAAGAAAGCUUACUUGGUCAGAAACAAGCCAUCUCAACGCCUAACGUGGCUGACUGUGUCCACAGUUUUCCAAAGGGAGGAAACACCUUGUUCCUCACCUGAAAAAGUGGCAAUGCUGGAUGGUUCUCACAAGGACAAAACUCUGCCCAACUCAAGCCAUGAUAUACUUAUGCGAAGAAUGUCCACAGUUGGAAAAAAGUCACUGCAGACCAUUUCCAAUGAACAGAGAGCCUCAAAGGUUCUAGGGAUUGUGUUUUUCCUCUUUUUGCUUAUGUGGUGCCCCUUUUUUAUUACAAACAUAACUUUAGUUUUAUGUGAUUCCUGCAACCAGACUACUCUCAAAAUGCUCCUGGAGAUAUUUGUGUGGAUAGGCUACGUUUCCUCAGGUGUGAAUCCUUUAGUCUAUACCCUCUUCAACAAGACAUUUCGGGAUGCAUUUGGCCGAUACAUCAUCUGCAAUUACCGGGACACAAAAUCAGUAAAAACUCUUAGAAAGUGCUCCAGUAAUAUCUUCCGGAAUCCAAUGGCAGAGAACUCUAAAUUUUUCAUUAAACAUGGGAUACAAAAUGGGAUUAAUCCUGCUAUGUACCAAAGCCCAAGGAGGCUCCGAAGUUCAACCAUUCAGUCUUCUUCAAUCAUUCUACUAGAUACACUUCUUCUCACCGAAAAUGAAGGUGACAAAACUGAAGAGCAAGUCAGUUAUGUAUAGAAGAAAUGACAGUUUUCAUUUAAUAUAAUGAUGAGUAGGAUGAUGAAGCAGAUAUGAAUGAACCAAGAAUUAUGUAAAGAACUUAACUCAUGUAUCAUAUCAUCUCUUUAAACUAAGAGUUAUGUAUUAAGAGUAUCCAAUUUUCUUUAUUUGAACACAAUUACUCCAUGAAAAAAAAUCAUUUUGUACAGCUGCAAAUUAAAAUAAUCCAGCACCCUGGUUAAACGUUGAGGUAUUCAAAUGAAAUAAAAUUAAAUAAAUCAAUACAUCUCAGGCUU